AUACAAAAGAUUAACCUUCAAUAUCUACAUAAACUAUAAACCGAUUUAAAGGCUUAUAUUUUUUUGUCCUUUUGAUCGCGGAAAAUAAUAAUCAAUAAAACGGCCCGAUAAGGAAUGGAUGUAAUUUUUAUUUUCAAUAUCAAAAGCAAAUUUCGGUAUAAUCCAAAGUAAAAAUUGAUUAGAUAAACCGGUUUGUGAGAAGUUUACAUUUACAACUCAAGAGUCUACAUUGAGUGUCGCGUCGCGUUCGAUUUAGGAUUCAGUUUUAGUCGCAAACCGCAACCAACCUGUUGAAGGCCAACUUUUUAUAAUAUUGAGAAGCGACCGUUUGCCGGCCUUUUUAAGGUCACUGACACAUCCUCAGCUCAUAUUGGCCUUCUUCUAACUGUUCAAACGUACCCAUUAGUUUAUGUUUUGUGAAUUAUUAGUGAGAAAGUGCCUAAAUAAAAAAUUUUCAAAAUGAAGAUGACGAGAACUGUUUUUGUAACUGGAGGUGCUGGAUACAUUGGUAGUCAUUGUAUUGUUGAACUUUUAAAAGCCGAUUACGAUGUUGUUGUUAUUGAUAACUUUACAAAUAGCGUCGGCGUUUGUGAUGGUGAAUCUGCAGCUUUAAAACGUGUCGAAGAAAUUACUGGAAAAAAAAUUCACUUUUAUAAAGUUGAUUUAUUGGAUAAAGAUGCUUUAUAUGGGGUGUUUCAAAAACACCAAAUAGAUUGUGUUAUUCAUUUUGCUGCAAUGAAAGCUGUUGAUGAAUCAAUAGAAUAUCCAUUGUUGUAUUACAAAAAUAAUUUAAUAGGAAUGUUAAAUCUGCUAGAAGUUAUGACUGAUCAUAAAUGUUACCAAUUGGUAUUUUCUAGUUCUUGUACUGUUUAUGGCGAACCUGAAGAAUGUCCUGUAACUGAGAAUCACGCCACAGGGCGUAAUAUUACGAAUGUUUAUGGAAAAACGAAAUAUUUCGUUGAAGAAAUGCUUCAAGAUAUUAGUUAUUCAGAUGAGAAAUGGAAUAUAAUUGCUUUGAGAUAUUUUAACCCUGUUGGGGCACAUCCAUCGGGAUUAAUAGGUGAAGAUCCCACCAAACCCUUUAGCAAUAUUAUGCCUUUUAUUUCACAAGUUGCGAUUGGUAAUAAACCAGUUUUAACUAUUUUCGGUGGCGAUUACGACACAGUUGAUGGAACAGGUGUUAGAGAUUAUAUACAUGUAAUGGAUUUAGCAAGAGGCCAUGUUGCUGCGUUAAGUUUGUUAUUUAAAAAACACCAAAAAAUCAAGGUGUAUAAUUUAGGAACAGGAAGAGGUGUUAGUGUAUUACAAUUAGUAAAAGCGUUUGAAAAAGUAACAAACAUGACCGUUCCAUACCAAAUUGCAGAAAGACGAGAAGGUGAUAUUUCGAUUAUGUAUGCAAAUGCUGAAUUGGCCGAAAAAGAAUUAGGAUGGACUGCUGUUCAUAGUUUAGAAGAUAUGUGUGCUGAUUUUUGGAGAUGGCAAAAGAUGAAUCCACAAGGAUACCGAACAAAAGAUAUAAAAUUAAAUAACAGCCAUUGAGUUACUUUGUAUAUUUAUUAAUAAAAAUCCUAUUCUUCAAUGUAAUAUAAAAAUAAUAAAAUAAUUUAUGUUUUAAAAAAACACCUUUGAUUUAUUCAGACUGUUCCUUAUAAAGUGAAAUGUGUUGGAAUUUUAUGGCUUCUAAUCCAUAACUAGUUG